UUCUGCGGAGGAGAAAACUCCAAAGGAACCAAAAGUGGCCUUGAUAAGACGCCCAAAUUGUGAAUAAUGGCGGAUGUAGUUUUAUUACACAAAUAAUAUAUCGGGUGUCAAGAGCUUGUUAUCUUAGCGUGAACAUUAUUUAGAACAGCACAAGGUUAAAGAGAAUCCUUUUUGGCAGGAAGAGUGGUAUUAUUGGCAUGAUUCGUUAAUAAGGGGACAAUCUUGUUAUUGAAGAUGAAGGACCGUCUUGCUGAGCUGCGGGGUCUGCAGACAGACGUCCCACCUGAUUAUGAUGAAACAGUUUUUGAUUCAAAUGCUUCUGCAAACAGGAAUCCAUUUCUUGAUGAUUUUUUCACCCAGAUUGAAGAGAUUCAACAAAACAUCAGUGAAAUAAAAGAAAAUGUCCUUGAAGUUAAAAAGAAGCACAGUGACAUUCUUAUUGCUCCACAGCCAAGUGACAGGACAAAAGAGGAGCUGGAACAGUUAAUGGCAAAUAUUAAAAGGAGCUCAAAUAAAGUACAGAACAGCUUGAAAAGUAUGCAAAGGCAUAUACAGGAACAGGAAGGCUCAAGUGGUGGUAAUUAUGCGGAAAUCAGGAUAAAGAAGAGUCAGCAUGCAGCGUUGCAGAGAGAGUUCGUCGAGGUAAUGCAUGAUUACAAUGCCAUCCAAAAUGACUACCGAGACAGAUGCAAAAAUCGCAUCCAAAGACAAUUGGAAAUCACUGGAAGGUCGACCACAAGUGAAGAACUUGAACAGAUGCUUGAGUCUGGAAACCCUGCGAUAUUCACUCAGGGGAUAAUUGUGGAAACUCAACAAGCAAAACAGUCUCUACGUGAUAUCGAGGCACGACACAAUGACAUCAUGAAAUUAGAAACCAGUAUUAGGGAAUUACAUGAAAUGUUUACAGAUAUGGCAAUCCUUGUAGAGUCCCAGGGUGAGAUGAUCAAUCGUAUAGAAUAUAAUGUCGAGCAAGCAGCAGAAUAUGUGCAAGCAGCUGUGGUUGAUACAAAGAAAGCUGUCAAGUACCAAAGCAAAGCCCGUAGGAAAAAAAUAAUAAUCAUUAUUUGCUGUUUGAUACUGCUCCUGAUCAUCGCCUUGGCAAUAUACUUUGCAGUGAAAGGUUGAGAACCUGUCGUUUUCCUGUUAUGUAUUGAUGUACCAUAUAAUUGUUCAUGUAACAUUUUUUAUUGA